AAUUUAUGUGCUAAUGGCGGCUUCCAGGAUUGCGAUGCUUACCUGUUUCUAGGCAAGAGUUGUCAUUCUGAAUAUGCCGUCCGAUCUUUGAUGCCGUUCUCUUGAAGUAUUUUAUUUCAGUUCUGGACAUAAAUUAUAUACUGAAUGCAGACCCUGUGCACUCUGUAUGCCUGGCAUGCUGCAUGAUUGGUCCCUGAGUCGUAUACAAGCAAUGAAUUCCAGUCCAUCAUCCGAGGGGCCGAAACGGAGGGAUUCCCCGUCCCAUUCAGGAAAUGAAAUGCAGCAGAAACAGUCAAAGCAAAGAAAGGUUCCCGUCGAGGAUGGAGUCGUUACAAUCGACUGUGCCCCUUACUGCCGAAAAAUAGGCUUGUAUCGUCCCCCCUUUAGAUACGUGUGGUGUGUGAAGGAUAUAUGUGGUGUGAUAUGUGCUAUAUUCACAUGGCUGCUCAUACUGUAUGCAGAGUAUGUGGUGAUGUUCGUCAUGCUGCUGCCCGGUCACAAUGCAUUCUACAGUCUGGUCCAUGGGAUCCUGUACAAUAUGCUGGCAUCCCUGGCCAUCGGGUCUCAUCUACGCACAAUGUUCACAGAUCCUGGUGCAGUGCCGAAGGGUAACGCAACGCGGGAGAACAUCCUCCGACUCGGGCUGAAGGAAGGAGAGGUGGUCUUCAAAUGUCCCAAGUGUAUCAGUAUCAAACCAGAGCGGGCCCACCACUGCAGCGUGUGUCAGCGAUGUGUCCGGAAAAUGGACCACCAUUGUCCAUGGGUGAACAACUGCGUUGGCGAGAACAAUCAGAAAUAUUUCGUACUUUUUACCUUGUAUAUUUGCUUGAUAUCCAUCCAUGCCUUGUACCUAGCCAUCAAUCAUUUCAUCAGCUGCCUGGGCAGUGACUGGAAAGCCCUUGACAGAUGUUCCGGAUUGUCUCCACCAGCGACUACCAUUUUACUAAUAUUCCUGAUAUUUGAGGGUCUUUUGUUUGGCAUCUUCACAGCGAUAAUGUUUGGCACACAACUGUCAGCUAUCUGCACCGAUGAAACAGGCAUUGAGCAGCUGAAGAAGGAGCAGGCAACGUGGGACAGGAAGUCCAAGUGGUUGAGCAUCAAGGCAGUGUUUGGUCAUCCCUUCUCCAUGGAAUGGUUCUCACCCUUCGCCACUCCUAAGUUUGUGUACCAGCAAAACUUUAUGUAUGCUGUGUAGGUCACCAGCCUCGCGUGGACUUGGAGCUGGUUGACACCCAGGUAAUGGGAGGUGUGCACUAUAGAAACUACAGAGCACCCUCCUUCAGUGUUGGAUGGUUUAAGGUCAUUUAUAUCUCAUAUAUAUUCAAGUAUUCAGGUACUAUCAGGUAUCAAGGUGUUUGACAAGGUUGUGCUGAAGUAAUGGUCAAGUGUAUACAUGUAUUCAGUGUAUCGAGCUACUAACUACAUCAAGAAAAUUGGGUUUUGUAGCACUUCAAGAGAUCAGGACAAUUUGGUUUUGAAGCGUUUUAUUCAUCAAGAGAAGAGGGUAUUGAAGUACUUCAACAUAUAUUCAAAAGAAUUAGGUUCUGAAGCAUGUCAACAGUCAUCAUAUCAAGAGAAUUGGGUUUAGAAGCAUUAUGUUCAUCAAGAGAAGUGGGUAUUGAAGCACUAACAACAUAUAUUCAAAAGAAUUAGGUUUUGAAGCACUUCCACAGUCAUCGAGAGAAUUGGGUUUUGGGGCACUUCAACUGUCAUCAAAAGAAUUGGGCCUAGAAGCACUUCAUUACAGUCAUCAUGACAGGAUAUAGCCAGAUGUCAACCAAGUUCAAGAAAAAGAUGUUCAUUAGGCUAAAAAACAUACUAGUCUUCGUUCUCAGGCACCAGCCGCAUCAUAAAGUUCACCGCACGGUUUGUUUGUGUUUCCAUUAAAAAAAAAACAAAAACAAUCCUUAAGUCCAAGUCCAACAGUAGUCAGA